AUGUAGCAUAUGUAGUAGCAUUAUUCUUAAUAACAUUUGGCUCCUUCUUAUCAACAAUAAUAAAGAAAUGUAUCCAGCUCGCCAAUGUAAAGACAGUUCCCUAUUCAACCCUUCACUCCAACUCAAAACCUAGGAGGCUAGAAUGAAGGAAUGAAACCUUAUUCCACAGAUAUGAGAGAAAGAAGCAGAUAAAUGCAAAAUACCCCUUAAUAUAAUGGAUAAACUCUUGAGAGUAUGGCAUUACGUAUACAAACUCUUGAGAAGGAAAAUUAAAGUCUUAAGAGAUAAUUAGAAAAUGCAAAUCACUAAAUCCAUGUAUUAAAUCAGAAAGUCAAUCAAAAUACAACUCCAAGUCUUCUUAAAACCACUACUUUUGAGCUUGUUGUUUUAUAAAAAGCUGUAGAACAAUUAGAAGGUCUUAAAAAUGGACUUUAGAAAAAAAAAUUAUAGGGUAGUAACAAUUAAACAACUUUACCUGAUUCUUAAAAGGAAGCAUAUAGCGAACUCAAAAGUAAAGUCACAGUUAUGGAAGAGAAGUAAUAAUAGUUAGAUAGAUAAUAAUCUUAAGUAAGGGCUUCAUAUUUUAAUUAGACUAUCCUUUUAUUUCCUAAAGAACAAUAGAUUUAAAAUUAAUAAUCAAAUCCUCCAUCCAAAGAAGAAGUCAAAGAAGAACCAAGGUAAGGCAGAAGGCUAAUUGUGAAUUCUCAAUCCGAUCAAGUUGACAACUAAACCAAAACAAGUCCUAUUAAGUAUUUGAAUGUAAAAGCAGGAACAAGUUAAAAUGCUUUAAGAUUAUCCCCCAGAAGAAAACCAGACUUGAAGUAAAAUUGA